UUUGAGAGAGAAAGGAAAAUAAGGUGAAAAAAACAAACAAAAAGAGGACAUUUGUUUUUGAGCGAGUGAGUUGUUUUGACUGGGGGAUUACAGACAGACGGACGCAAUGGCGGCAACCUACCGCAUCGUCGUCAGCAGCAUCAACUGCUACAACAGCGUGGUGAUCGACCGGCGCGUCCAGCACACGGUGCACUACUGUAACGGGCCGUGCCAGGCACUGAAGCAUGGGCUGGACUGCACGGUGGCACACCGCAGCACUUGCUCCGAGCUGCUGGAGCUGCCUGCCGCCCCGGCCCCCGGCUCCCGGCCCUCGAGCGUCCACGAGCUGGGGGGCAAAUUCCCAGCCAUCGAGAAUGGAUUUGCCGGCCCCGGAGCCUCGGCUGAGGACUAUCACGCCCUCCCAGGUGGCCCCAGGGCCAAAAAGGGAUUGUCCAUCCAGAGCUCCACCAGCCUGAAGGACAUCACAGGAGAGGCUAUCAACCUGGCCAGUGGGAAGAUCAAGGAGUUCUCCUUCGAGAAGAUCAAGUACUCCUCGAGCCACGUGACCUUCCGGAAAGGGCGGAAGGUCCGGCCGGACUCCUUCAGCCGGCGGUCCACCGACCUGGACAUCAUCUACGGCCACUUUGGCGGGAACGACGAGAAUUGCCCGCCCUUCGGCCUGCUGCAGAAGUCCGUCCUGGAGGAGCACAAGCUGAGCCGCAGCGCCUCGCUGGAGCAGAACCUCAACAGCGUGGCCUCGCUCUACCUCAACAGCCUGAGCGAGGAGAGCCUCAUCACCCGCAUCCUGGAGAAGACCAAGGCCGACAGCAGUGCCUCGGGCGAGGACAUCAAGGCCUGCCUAGACAUCCUGCUCAAGUGCUCUGAGGACCUCAAGAAGUGCACUGACAUCAUCAAGCAGUGCAUCAAGAGGAAGUCGGCGAGGGGUGACAGCGACGAGUCAGGCAACUCCGACGUCCUGUACAAGAGUGUGAUGGCCCGGCUGUCUAGCUACCUGAAGAAGCUGCCCUUCGAGCUGGAGCAGGGGCAACCCGGCCGGCAAGAGCACAGCGACUUGGCCGAGCUGGUCAGCAGCCUCCACGGCCUGCAAACCCCCUUCUCCCCCAUCUUCGGCAACGAGCAGCCUCCCAGGUACGAGGACGUCGUCCACUCCCCUCCCCUCUCCAAACCUCUACCUCCCUCCUCCCCCCAGCCCGAGUCCCAGGAUGCCCCCAGGGAUGCAGCCGGUGGUGCCAAAUCCGUCCAGAGCCUUUCCGCCCAGCUGUCACACACCUCGUCCCCCGCCAACGGGCUGCAGCACGGCACCGCAGCGCCCGCCCCCCUGGCCGCCCUACCUCAGGCCACCCCGGUCAGCCGCUGCGAAAGCUUCUCGUCCACAAACUCCCUGCUGUCUAGCAGCAGCGACAGCAUCUGCAAGGAGUCCAUGGAGGCGCUGUACAUCGAGGAGGAUGCCGACGUCGGCAGGAUGCUGGACAGGGAGAUCCGAGGGGAGGGGAAGUUCAGCCUGGGCCUCACAGAGGCCAGGCAUUUUCCCAAAAAGCCCAGCACGCCAUCUGAAUCCAGUGGUGCGGACACGAUACGCGAGAACAGAAAUGGGACUGGGUUCAAGCCAAAGACGGAGCCUUUCUCGCAGCAAGGAGCCAGCAAGGUGCAUGUUACCGCCAGGAGUGCAGCUAGUCCUGAGCCAAGGCCUUUCCAGACCUCAGCCCAGGAGAGCAAGGAUGAUGACAUCGACAAGCUGCUGAUGGACUUGGAGUGUCUCUCUCAGAACAUUGAUAAGGAGUCACCUGCCAAGGCCAAAGGCCCAGAGCUCAGGAACUGCAGCCAGCAGACGGGCUCCCCCCAACAUGGCACCUUCAGCUCAGGAAGCAAAAGCUUGGUGCCUCCCGAAGGCCCAUCCCCUUCCCUGUCCCUGUCCCCUCCUCUGGACGCCAGCGGGGGGGAUGGAGGCACCGGUGAGGAAGACGAUGGGGCGCUGCUGCUGCGAAUUUUGGAGAGCAUCGAGAGCUUCGCCCAGGAGCUGGUGGAGAGCGGGACAGGCACGGGGACGCAGUCCAAGGAGAAGGAAGUGAUGCGGCUCCUCCAGGACACUCUGGCCACCGCAGGGAAGGCGGAGAUGACGUUGCAGGCGGACCUCAGCACCAGCCCUUCCCCUGUCCCCACCCCCACCCCCACCCCAACUCCUGCCCCAGCUCAGGCUCCAGCUCCCGCUUCGAUCCCCGCCCCCGUCACUGUGAGAGACCCUGGUUCCGCCCUGUUGAUCCAGCAGACUCCGGAGGUCAUUAGGAUCCAAAACAAGCCCGAAAAGAAGCCGGGGACCCCACCUCCGGCCCCCGCCCCGGCGCCGUCUACCCCCACGCCCCCUCCGCCCACACCCCCGCCCGUCAGCAAAGUGGUGGCCGCGCCGCCUCCCAGCUCCAUAAACAUUCCACGCUUCUAUUUCCCCAAAGGACUUCCAAACUGCAGCGCCAACUUCGACGAGGCCAUCAGCAAGAUCGAGGCGGCCUUCACCGAGUUCGAGGAGGAGAAGGCCGACAUCUAUGAGAUGGGGAAGAUCGCGAAGGCCUGUGGCUGCCCGCUGUACUGGAAGGCCCCGAUGUUCAAUGCUGCCGGGGGAGAAAGGACAGGCUUCGUGUCGGUCCACUCGUUCGUUGCGAUGUGGAGAAAGUUGUUACACAGCUGCUAUGACGACGCGUCCAAGUUCGUUUACUUGUUAGCCAAACCGGGCUGCAAUUACCUGGAGCAGGAGGACUUCAUCCCGCUGUUACAGGACAUAGUGGACACUCAUCCAGGGCUGACGUUUCUAAAAGAUGCCCCUGAAUUCCAUUCCCGGUACAUUACCACGGUGAUUCAGAGGAUAUUCUACACGGUCAACCGGUCCUGGACCGGGAGGAUUACCAUGACCGAGCUGCGCAGGAGCAACUUCCUGCAGACUCUAGCCCUGCUGGAGGAGGAGGACGAUAUCAACCAGAUCACAGACUACUUCUCCUACGAGCACUUCUAUGUCAUUUACUGUAAGUUCUGGGAGCUGGACACUGACCACGACCUCUUCAUCGACCCCAAGGACCUGGCCAGGUACAACGACCAUGCCUCGUCCAACAGGAUAAUCGAGCGCCUGUUUUCUGGAGCAGUCACCAGGGGAAACUCCGUGCAGAAAGAGGGCAGGAUGAGCUAUGCCGAGUUCGUAUGGUUCCUCAUCUCUGAAGAGGACAAGAAGAACCUCACAAGCAUAGAGUACUGGUUCCGCUGCAUGGACCUGGACGGGGACGGCGUGCUGUCCAUGUACGAGCUGGAGUACUUCUACGAGGAGCAGUGCGAGCGCAUGGAGGGCAUGGGCAUCGAGCCGCUGCCCUUCCACGACCUGCUGUGCCAGAUGCUGGACCUGGUCAAGCCCGCGUGCCAAGGGAAAAUCACCCUCCACGACCUGAAAAGGUGCAGGAUGGCACACAUAUUCUACGACACCUUCUUUAACCUGGAGAAGUACCUGGACCACGAGCAGAGGGAUCCCUUUGCAGUGCAAAAGGAUUUGGACAGUGACAGUCCAGAGCCCUCAGACUGGGACAAGUACGCGUCGGAGGAGUACGAAAUCCUGGUCGCUGAGGAGACUGCCAAUGAGCAGCUGCAGGAGGGGUCAUUUGAGGACGACUAUGAAUCAGAUGAGCUCACCGUCCCCUCAGAAAUUGGGAAUAAGAUGGACAAACUCGUCAUAUCCGACCUGUCGGCGUGAUCCUCGCUGGUCCAACGCACGACCCCACCUACCCCUUCCCCCUACACCCCGCCCGCUGGCGCCCCCCGUGGUCCUGACUGCCACACGAAGGGAAAGAAACAUCACCUUUUAAGCUAUUUUUCAGCUACUCUUCGGAAGGGAAAUGCUUUUUUCUACACUUUAAAAAAAGACAUUGUGUGUGUGCAAUAGAACGGCUUGUAAACCAAAAGGCUUUUUCCGUGUUGUGUAACAUGUCUUAACAUCUAGAUCUAGUCAGACUAUCCAUUCAGUUUUUUUUUUCUUGUUAGUUUUUUUUUCUUGUCCACUCAACAAACUGCCGGCAGAUUUCUUUGAUAUUUGUGUGAAUGGGGUUAAAUUACUACUUGUUUAACAGCUGUGAUCUUCAGAGCGCAGGACAUCCCUGAGAAAGCCACAUUACGCUUGGGAGAUCUCAGCUGAUUGACGAUAAUGAUGCUGUGACUUAAUGGAGAUUUUUUUAAUGGUCACAGAAUGUGACAAAAUUGAUAGUUUUUCAUUUAAAAACUGGUGUUUGAAGAUCUUGCAACCCCCCAUAGCCAUGUUUUGUUUAUUUAAGAGCAUUUUAAACAUCAUCCAAACCCCCUCAGUGAGUCCUCACAGUAUGAUCUACUGUAACAUGAGUUUUAUUUUGUUUUGAUUUUUAUAGGCAUGGAACAUAAUGUGUGAAACAUUAACACUUGAAUGUUUUCACUGUAUUGAAAUGUAUUAGACGUCACACGUAACUUGCUCUUUUCCGCCACCCAGUGGUCAUGUUUGGCAUCACAUGUUUAAGCUGGUCAAGAUAUUCCGUCUCAAGAGGAAUCCUUGCUCUGUAGGGCUGAAAAGUGAAGUCAGGAUAUAUUUAACUGUCUGAGAUAUGCACACAUAACUUGUAACUUACAGUUUAGUUUGUUUUUUUUUUUAAUGGUGAAACCAAAACCUUCGUUACACAUUUCCACAAACCAUUUCACUGUUUCAAAUGAAUUUUUAUCAGAGCCAUCUUAAUUUCCUUGGCUACAUAGGCUGAAUGAUAUAGUUUGAUAUAGGCGUCUCUUGUUUGUGAACAGCCUGACUAUAUGCAAUAAUUUUCGAUUUGAAAUCAGUGUUAUCUUCUAUGGUCUUAUGGUCUCACAGAAUGACUGUGGUCUAAAGUAUCCAAUGCUUGAAGGUGACUUCUUAUCUUUUUGAGAAAGUCGGUCUGAAAUUCUUUUCAGAGGAAGUGAAGAGACUGUAAUUACCGCCAAACAUGUAGCCUACUAAAAAAAUGAGCAUAGUGUCAAAAGGAAGACUACAGCUUGUAACGUAGUCAGACUGCAAUCAUACCUUAGAUCCCAGUGAAGCCAAGUAAAGUAUUUGUUGUGUCACAUCAAUGCUAAAAGCACACAUGUAAAUAAGAGGAAAAUGCAUCUUUUAUUUGAAAGGUACUAUUUAUUUCCUUAUUGCUUUGCCAAACCUCUCCUCUGUUUUACUGACAGUUAAGGCCUUGUAGAUACUGCCAAAUUAUUGCACUGUGUUCGGAUAGCUGCGUGUCACAUACAUUGGUGAUGACACCGGUGUAUUUAUUAAUCACGGUACCUGUCCGCCGCCUUGUCUCUGUAAUGUGACCUCUGGCUCUGAUGUAGCCUGUCAAAGUGAAUCUCACACACACACACACACACACACACACACACACACGCACGCACGCACGCACGCAGAGUGUCCCGUUACCCUCAUACACGAGUUACAGUCAAAUUUGUCUGUAUUUCUGCCACUGCCUUAACUCGGCGUUCACACACUGUGACAGCGGUGACCCAAGGGCCACGGUCCUGCGGUGGCGUACAGGCCCUCCAGCCUGUGAGCACUUGUGCGUCUCCUUCAAGAUCGCCGCUCUCACAUCUCACUUUUUUUUUUUUAAUUUGCCUCCCUGCGUUCCCAAGAUAACCAGCAUCCAAUCAGUGAUCUCUAUCUUAUUUCACCCCCCUCCUCUCCCGUGAACGCCUUAUAAUUCGACAUCAGUUCUCAGCAGAGCCGUCCCUAGUCCGGUUCCUCUGUGCCACUGCUGAGAGAACUGGUGUCCAGCCACACUUUUUACUGUACACAAGCGGAGGAUUUUUUUUUCUUUUUGUAAUUAGUGUAAAAUAUUUUAUUGCAGGACGUACAUAGUUGCAAUUCAUUGUAACAGGCCUAUGUGCAACACAUACCUUUAGCUGUAGCUAUACUGUUUUUAAUGUUCCUAUAGAACCUUUUCUAAUAGUUACUGUAAAUCUCUUUGUAUUGUAUUUUCCCAAGUGAACUUCUCUGCCACUGAGUGGCACAGGGUUUUUAAAUUAUAAUUUUACUAUUACUGCCAGUGUUAUGUUAUGUGCAUCAAGCUUAUUGAGGUGGAAUUUUACAAGGAGUUCUGUCUGAUUUCACUGUAUGAAGACAAUCAACUGGACGUUUUUUUAGGAGGGCAUCUGACGCUGAAGUAGCACUUCUCUGUUAGUCGGGGUAACUUUCGAAGCAAUAAAACUGCUGUAAUGACGAUAACUUAUCGAGGCGAUUUGAUGUAAAAAGGAAAAAAAAGAGGCGAAAAUCAAAACUUGAGAUUAAUGUUUAAAUGUGUGAGUUAUACCACUAAUAUUCUAGGUCUAUGCAAAUCAGAACUUCUUACAGGAGAGGCAGCUGUAAAUGUAACGAAACGACUUCUGAAACCACACACCUGUCCGUGUCGCUCUCUCGGUUCUACCUGGCCUGUCCACGUGUAUCCUCUUCUCCGGAGUACGUGCGUCUAUUUUGCGGACAAUUGUGAGUUGAAUGGACCCCAAAACCAGGACUUAUAAACAGGACUUAUAAUGAGACUGUGCUUGUGUUUCGCAUGGCUUUUUUUUUCUUUGAGAUUCUAAAAUAAA